GGUCGUGACGACGUCGCGGCGCUCGCGGUUCCUCGCUGCGCCGCAGGAAUAAGAUGCGGAGCGGCGGCGGCCCGGAACAGCCCAGAACCAGGACCAGGACCAAGCGAACGGAACCCUGUGGCCCAGCUUGGCCUGGCUCUCAGAUGGCAUGACUGCGGCGGCGGCACAGCAGCGGGCGACGGAGAGAGUCUGCAGCCGCUGAGAGACGCAGCUAGCCGGCAGCUAACGACGCGAUGGCCGCGGACGGCAGCGGGACGAUCCGCAGCCGCAUCAGAAACCUGCUGCGCUCCCCGUCCAUCAAACUGCGGCGGAGCGGCGCCGCGCGGCACACGCGCGACCUCAGCGACAAGGUGACCUUGGAGAAGGUUCUGGGAAUCACAGCUUCAGGGAACCGAGCGCUGGCCUGCGACCCCCGAAGUGGACUGGUGGCUUAUCCUGCAGGGUGUGUCGUUGUGCUGCUGAACCCACGGAAGAACAAACAGCAUCACAUCUUCAACAGCUCCAGGAAGGCGAUCACCACGUUGGCGUUUUCUCCAGACGGGAAAUAUGUGGUCACAGGAGAGAGCGGUCACAUGCCAGCGGUUCGGGUCUGGGAGGUGUCGGAGCGUGUUCAGGUGUCCGAGCUGCAGGAACAUAAAUAUGGCAUCGCCUGCGUGGCGUUCUCUCCAAAUGGGAAAUUCAUUGUCAGCGUGGGCUACCAGCAUGACAUGGUGGUCAAUGUGUGGAACUGGAAGAAAAACAUUGUCGUCGCAUCCAAUAAGGUGUCCAGUAAAGUGACCGCCGUCUCCUUCUCAGAUGACAACUCCUACUUCGUUACCGCUGGAAAUCGUCACGUCAAGUUCUGGUACCUGGACCACGCCAAGACCUGCAAGGUGAACGCCACUGUCCCUCUGUUGGGGCGUUCAGGGCUGCUUGGGGAGCUCAGGAAUAACUUCUUCAGCGAUGUGGCAUGUGGGCGGGGCAGACAGGCCUCUUCUACCUUCUGCAUCACCUCCUCCGGCCUGCUGUGCGAGUUCAACGACCGGCGGCUCCUCGACAAGUGGGUGGAGCUACGGAGAGUCGACUCUGCUGCUACGUCUCAGGCCACCUGUCUGUCUGUCACUGAGGAGUUCAUCUUCUGCGGUUGUUCUGAUGGGACGGUUCGAGCCUUCAGCCCCAUCAACCUGCACUUCCUGUGCACUCUGCCCCGCCCACACUGCCUUGGUGUUGAUGUUGCCAGUAUGGUGGAAGCCAGUCAGCUGUUCUGCUGCAGGCCAGAGUCACGUUACCCGGACACCGUGGCAGUGACCUAUGACUCAACCAAUCGCUGGCUGUCCUGUGUCUACAAUGACCAUAGUGUGUAUGUUUGGGACAUCCGCGACCUCCGUGACCCCCGUAGGGCAGGAAAACUCUACUCUGCCCUCUAUCACUCCUCCUGUGUGUGGAGCCUGGAGGUGUACCCAGAGGGAGGAGAAGGAAAAGGAGAAGGAGGGAAAAUGUGUCUUCCCCGUGGCUCCUUCCUGUCCUGCUCUUCAGAUAACACCAUCCGACUGUGGAACAUUGACGGGAACAGCGGCCUCCACAGAAACAUCCUGAGCCAUGACCUGCAGAAGGUGAUUUAUGUGGAUGAGAAUAUAACCGGCCUCCUGGACACAGAGAGCGUCACCAUCGCUGCGGGCACAGAGAAGGCGGGGUCAUCGGGGCCAGAGGGGCAGCAGGUGGACCAGAGCAGAGUGGGCAUUAGGACCCUGAGAGUCAGCCCUGAUGGACAUCACCUGGCUUCUGGAGACCGCAUGGGGGUCCUCAGGAUCCAUAAUCUGGACAGCAUGGAGGAGAUCCUGAAUGUUCAGGCUCACGACUCGGACAUCCUCUGCCUCGAGUUCUCCAAACCAGAUACAGGUCUCCAGUUGUUAGCCACGGCCAGCCGGGACCGUCUUAUCCACAUCCUGGAUGCAGGGAGAGAGUACAGCCUGGUUCAGACUCUGGAUGAACACUCAUCUUCCAUCACUGCCGUCAGAUUUGCUGCCAAUGAGGGGAAGGUGAGGAUGAUCAGCUGCGGGGCCGAUAAGAGUGUCUACUUCCGCACGGCUCAGCAGACAGGGGAGGGGUUGGAGUUCACUCGGACACAUCACGUCGUGAGGAAGACGACGCUGUAUGACAUGGACAUCGAGCCGACCAGGAUGUAUGCAGCAGUGGGCUGUCAGGACCGCAGCAUCAGGAUUUUUAACAUCAGUAAUGGGAAACAGAAGAAGCUCUACAAAGGCUCUCAGGGAGAAGACGGGACGCUCAUUAAGGUGCAGAUUGACCCGUCUGGGCUCUUCAUCGCCACCUCCUGCUCAGACAAGAACAUCAGCAUCUUUGACUUCUACUCUGGGGAGUGCGUGGCCACCAUGUUUGGACACUCAGAGAUCAUAACGGGGUUAAAGUUCAGCAAUGACUGCAGACACCUGAUCACCGUGUCGGGAGACAGCUGCAUCUUCGUGUGGCGUCUGAGUCCAGAGCUCACCAUCAGGAUGAGGCAGCGGCUCGCUGACCUUCAACCCCCCUGCAGCAUUCCCAGUUCCCAGGGUGCUCCUCAGCAGAAAGCCGUGAAGCUCAGCAGGGAGGUGUCGAGCCCUCCUGUGGUCACCAUGUCGUCUGACAGCGACAAAGAGGAGGAAGAGGAGGAGGGGGAGUCGCUCAGCCAUCCGUAUAUGGUCACAGCAGGAAGUCUGGAACAGGAAAUAGAGCCGUCUGAUGAGGCAUACAGCAGAAACAGCAAGGAUGGGGUCUCAUCGGGAGCUCGAAUCCCUCGCCGUCGCUGGUCCAGGAGGACGUGCGGUGCCGAUGGGGUCCUGAUGGUGAAGUCUAUGUUGGACCUGAGACUGCUGGACUCGUUUUGCCCUGAGAGGCAGGAGGAGCAGUCAGUGGAACAGGCCGAGACACGCCUCCUCGAUGUUAACCACUCCCACUGUGAGGGGAAGAGGAGGGGGCAGGAGGCAGGGUUUCACAAGACCAAUCAGGAGCUGGGGAGCACUGUCAGUCUGCAGGUUUCCAGUGCAUGUGUGGAUGAGGAGGUGAGGACCAAUCACAGACCAGAUUUUAUCCUGCUAUCCAAUCAGAGCACAGACAGAGAGGACCCGGUGCUGUAUCCGGACCAAUGGGAGGAAAGAGUGAGUCUGGCGGGCAGCGAGUUCCAGGUGAAGGAGGCGUGUCCUGUUGCUGCAGGUGGACGACAGGACAAACCGAGUCCUGACAGUGGCUGCUCGCUGGGAUUCAGCUCCACAUUGUCGAGUCCCAACAGACCUGCAGGAGACGGUGAGAGACAUGACUCUGAGCCCACAGAGCCUCUCAGCAUGGAUGGAAACUCCUCUGAGCUUGAGAUGGAGGAGGAUGAAGAGGAGAGAGGAGCAAGUGGUGGGGAGGCGAGGAAACCUGUCCCUCAGACUCCGGACCAGGAGGCAUUCCUGAAGGAGCACUUUGUCACGCUGGCUGACCUUUCUGCCUCAGGAAGUCCAAGCAGAGCAUCUCACAGCUCCAGUGAGAGUCUGAGCAUCUCAUCCAGGUUCCUCUCCCAGAACGCAACCGCAAGCCGGACUGUGCUUCCUCUCCCAUCUCGGACCGGCAGUGGGGGUGAGGCAAAGGCUCAUCCACUGGUCUCCGAGGUCAGACCUCUGAUGGAAGAGAACCAGAGCCAGACCCAGGACAGGAAGGUGUCAUGGAACCAGGACCAAACUGCAAAACAGAACCAGGACCAGGCCUCUGUGUUUCAGGACCAAGCCCAGCCUCCUCUGGUUUCAAACCAGUUCCAGAUCCUGGAGGAGGAGAUCACCUCAACUCAACAGGUCUACCGACCCUCCCCGCUUAAGAAGAAGGCCCAAAAUGCACUGGAUUCCAAGAGGAACCUGGGUCCGACAGCCCGGGCUGCUGCCUCCCACCUGAACUCCUCUGGACUUCGAAAGACUCAGUCAGUCCACAGCCUGCUGACUGACACAGGUGACUCCUCCAUAUCCCAGCUGACUACUCGUCCCUCCAGAGAGGUCUCCCCUCAGCUGCUCCUCUCCCCUGAACGUCCUGUCACCCUCCCCUCCUCACCCAGACACCCCCCAUCUAUGGCACCACCCAUUCAGAGACCCAGCCCUGCCUCUCCGAGGUCCCCGUCACAGGAAAUAGCUGCCGCUCCAGCUGCCGCCACAACCCCGAGGAAGUCUUCGUCGUCCUCCCUGAGUGUAUCAGUGCCGCGCUCCUACAUGAACCCCACUGCCAGCUCCAUGGCCAAGAUGUCCCGCUCUGUCUCUGUGGGUGAUGGCCUUAAUGUCCCCGAACUUGUUGAGGACCCCGCAGUGACGUCACUGCGGUCGGCACCAACUCCUUCCUCUCAAGUCAAGGAGACUCCACCUCCUGUUGUUGCUGUGGUGCCCUCCACCAUGACUUUGGCCAUGCCCCCUCAUGCAGCCGUGGUCCCAGUUGUUGUCUCUUCAUCUUCCUCACUGUCAUCUCUGGGGAACCAUGGCAACCUGGCAGCCCUACCUACCCGUGGUCUCCAGGCCCGUGUCCCCAGCAGCAGUAGGCCACUUCCUGACAAACCCUCCCUCCUUUCUUUCUCACCUUCAUCCAAGUCCACAUCAUCCUUGUUUUCCUCAGAGCCACUGCAACUUCUUCCAGUCUCUGUCUCCCCCCUGACUCCCCCACGACAGGAGGAGGAGCCUCCCACUCCAGCAGAUGGCGGCGCAGGGCAGAUGGAUGACGCAGACCAGUCAGUCAGUGUGGAGAGCUGCAGAGCUCUAGCCAAUGAGCUGCAAAACUGCUUUAAGAAAGCAACACACCUGUACAGGAAGGUGAGUGGUUCGUCCUCUGAUGAGUCUGGCCCCGACCAGCACCAGAUGUCUCUGCUGCUAUCAGAGGCUUUCCAGACGAUGAGGGCGGAGCUCAAUGCUCUUCCGCUCAGCUCCCCGGGCAUGCUGGGGGUGGAGGGGGGGCUGGGAGGAGUAGGGGAGGUGAAGACGGCGGCGCUGCUGGAGGAGUACUCGCUGCUCCUCCUCCAGGCUGUCCACAGGAGGAUCAACAGCAGCACCUAAGCCACCGCCUCCUCCUCACUGAUGAAGGAUCUGAAGCCAUUUUGAUCUUUUAAAAUUCUGAUGCAAUGAUCUUCCUCAUCUGGACGCCUCAGAUCAUUUUUACCAAGUUGUUUUUUAAAGACGUUUUUCUCUGACUGAAUCAUGGAUGUUUGAAUUAAUUUUUCUGUUUGUUUUUUUUCCCUUGAACUUCCCGCCAGCCGUCGGAGGUGAUGAGUGUGUGACAGUUGGUGUUCUGUCAGCUGGGGGAGCAAUCGGAUUAUUGGUCAUCGUUAGACUGUAGAGCUGCUUUUCACCGAGCACAGAGCAAUACAAGACUGUGAUUUGACCGUAGUAAAUGAUCGUGAGCAGUUUGUAUUUAUUGUGACAAUGAUGAGCUUUUACACUACUGACUCCGCCCCCUCACCUCACGCUGCACCAGCACGUUUCCUGCUGUUAACUGCGUUCGUACAUUUUGAUAUUAGAGAAACUCUUGGGGGGGGGGGGGGUUAAAUUUGUUGCAACUUUCUGCACAAAAGUGUCAAAGUUUGAAACAUUUUCAU